CGACAUCAUAGCACAUCCACCGACAUACGCCUCGCACCACCAGCUUCGACCACCACAACCACCUCGCACCACCCACCACCACCACCACCACCCACCCACCACCCACUACCCUCGACCCCCCCAUCACCCACUCCUACACGAUGCCGCCUAUCCGCCACACGCGCGGCUCCAAGAAGCCGCCGCCAGAGGGCUUCGAGGAGAUCGAGGACACGCUGCUGGACUUUGCGAACAAGAUGAAGGACGCGGAGGCGGCGCCGCACGAGGGCAAGAAGAAGAACGAGGCCACGUGGGACAUAUUCCGGAUUUCGCACCAACGGUCGCGAUACGUCUACGAGCUUUACUACAAGAAGGAGGCAAUCUCUAAGUCGCUGUAUGAUUGGCUGCUGAAGAACGGAUAUGGCGACGCGAACUUGAUCGCGAAGUGGAAGAAACAAGGCUACGAGAAGCUCUGCUGCAUGCGCUGCAUACAGGCGAAGGAACACAACUUCAAUACCACCUGCAUCUGUCGCGUCCCCCGCGCCAGGCUCAACGAGGAGAGCUCCGGGAUACAGUGCACGCAUUGUGGAUGUCGCGGGUGUGCUAGUAGCGAUUGAUCAGGGGAGGGGAGGGGGAGGUG